CUACCGGUAGCUUCCUGGCAGCGCCACCUACAACGAUCGGCCAUUGAAGAUCCUGGUGUUCAAUCUCCCAAAAUUUGACUAAUCUUUCUCUUUCUUAGACAGAAAUUCCUACUCCGGCAUUGAAUUCCGUCAAUUGGAAGGUCGAGGUUUCGUCGGAAGACUGCAAAGGUCAGAGGCAAAUGGCUCCUCCUGCUCAUUCACAGCGAUCUUCAUCGCCUUCUCAACCGUCCGGAAAAGGAGAGGUGGCGGAUCUGAAAGGACAGCUUCGGAAGCUGGCUGGGAGCCGAGUUGCAGGCAUUGAUGACUCCAAGAGGGAGCUUUUCAAGAAGGUGAUCUCUUACAUGACAAUCGGGAUCGAUGUUUCAUCUCUCUUUAGUGAGAUGGUAAUGUGUUCGGCUACUUCUGACAUUGUUUUAAAGAAAAUGUGUUAUCUGUAUGUGGGAAACUAUGCUAAACACAAUCCAGAUUUGGCCCUUCUUACAAUUAAUUUUCUUCAACGGGAUUGCAAAGAUCAAGAUCCUAUGAUAAGGGGGCUUGCAUUGAGGAGUCUAUGCUCAUUAAGAGUUGCUAAUUUGGUGGAAUACUUGGUUGGACCUUUGGCAUCGGGAUUAAUAGAUAAGAAUGGUUAUGUGAGGACGGUCACAACAAUUGGUGUUUUGAAACUGUACCAUAUAUCAGCUGCAACAUGUCUUGACUCGGAUUUUCCUGCAACUCUCAAGCACUUGAUGCUUACCGACUCUGAUCCCCAGGUUGUAGCUAAUUGUUUAUCUUCCCUACAAGAAAUCUGGGGUUUGGAAGCAAGCAAGUCUGAGGAGGCAUCAAGGGAGCUAGAAGCUUUGCUCAGCAAGCCAACAAUAUAUUACUUUUUAAACCGCAUCAGAGAAUUCAGUGAAUGGGCACAAUGCUUUGUUCUUGAGUUAGUAUCUAAAUAUGUACCCUCUGACAGUAAUGAGAUAUUUGACAUCAUGAAUCUUCUGGAAGAUAGACUUCAACAUGCUAAUGGUGCUGUUGUCUUAGCAACAGUUAAACUGUUUCUGCAGUUAACACUAUCCAUGACUGAUGUCCAUCAACAGGUUUAUGAGCGUAUUAAAGCACCUCUGCUUACCCUGGUGAGCUCAGGAAGUCCAGAACAGUCUUAUGCAGUCAUGGGACACCUGCAUCUAUUGGUGAUGCGAGCACCGAUGCUGUUCUCUUCUGAUUAUAAACACUUUUACUGUCAAUAUGUCGAUCCAUUCUAUGUGAAGAAAUUGAAGCUUGAAAUGUUAACUGCAGUAGCCAAUGAGAGUAAUACUUAUGAAAUUGUGACGGAAUUAUGUGAAUAUGUUGCAAAUGUCGAUAUUCCCAUUGCAAGAGAGUCGAUUCGUGCUGUGGGUAAAAUAGCUUUGCAGCAGUACGAUGUCAAUGCUAUUGUGGAUAGGCUGCUUCAGUUCUUGGAAAUGGAAAAGGACUAUGUAACAGCUGAAACUCUGGUUCUGGUAAAAGACCUUCUUAGGAAAUAUCCACAGUGGAGCAAUGGCUGUAUUGCAGUAGUUGGAAACAUCAGCAGCAAAAGCAUACAAGAGCCCAAAGCUAAGGCAGCUCUUGUUUGGAUUCUGGGUGAGUAUGCACAAGAAAUGCAAGAUGCUCCUUAUGUUCUCGAAAGUCUAGUUGACAGUUGGGAAGAGGAACAUUCCGCUGAAGUCCGUUUGCAUCUCCUUACAGCAGUUUUGAAGUGUUUCUUGGUAAGGCCACCCGAGACUCAGAAAGCUCUGGGCGCUGCUUUGGCUGCAGGCCUUGCUGAUUUUCAUCAGGAUGUUCAUGAUAGAGCUUUAUUCUACUACAGGAUCUUGAAAAAAGACGCUUCUUUGGCAGAACGGGUUGUGAAUCCUCCAAAGCAAGCUGUUUCUGUCUUUGCCGAUACGCAGAGCAACGAAAUCAAGGAUCGGAUAUUUGACGAAUUUAACAGCCUAUCUGUUCUCUAUCAGAAGCCAUCUUACGUGUUCAUGGAUAAGGAACAGAGAGGCCCAUCUGAGUUUUCAGAAGAUCUUGGGAAUUUUUCAACAGAAUCUGCAAAUAGUGUUGUACCUGCCCAGAUAAUAGUGGAAGCUAAUGACAACGAUCUGCUUCUCGGUGUUUCAGAGAAGGAAGAGAGUGGAGUUCCCAGCAGCAACGGUUCAGCUUACAGUGCUCCUCCUCUGUAUAAUAAUAGCUCUUACACCAAUGGCCAAGCAAACUUUGCCAUAAAUGAUCUUCUUGAUCUUGGAUUGACAGUUGUUGCACCAGAUCCUGUUCCCACAAUGAAACUUAAUCCCAGACCCUCCCUUGAUCCGAGCACUUUUCAGCAAAAAUGGCGUCAACUUCCAUUAUCUGUCUCCCAGGACGGAGUAAUAAGUCCACAAGGAGCUGCGGCAUUGACAAAACCUGAAGACCUUCUACGAUAUAUGCAGGGGAAAUCUAUAAAUUGUAUUGCUUCGGGAGGUCAAGCGCCAAACUUAAAGUUCUUUUUCUUUGCUCAGAAAGCUGAAGAACGGUCGUCUACUUUUCUUGUAGAGUGUAUAAUAAAUUCCUCCACAUGUAAAUCUCAGUUUAAAAUCAAAGCCGACGAUCAAACUGCAUCCCACGCCUUCUCUAAUCACUUUCAAUCUUCUUUGUCCGAAUUCGGCCUGCACUAGUCCUUGACCUGAAUCGUUUCUUGUCUCGUGGGAUUGUUAUGAGUAUAUAUGUAUUUAUAUAUCGGGACAUUU